AUGCAGGUUGAAAAAUAUCCUGCCGGAGACGAAACAAUAAAGAUGAAGCGGAAAGUGAAGGGAAGAAGAUCAAGGACAAUGAAGAGAGAAAUAAAGGAGAAGCACGUGCAUCGGCGAUCAAGACAGGGAUGUCUAACUUGCAAAUUGAGAAAGAAAAGAUGCGAUGAGCAGAAACCGGUAUGUGGAGAUUGCCAGAGGUUGCACCGCCGUUGCGAAUACAUUACUGAGGACAUGAGUACGGAUCAGGCGGAAAAGCUGAAGCACGAAAUGGAAAUAAUUGAAAAGGGGAGCAAACUCCGGCGGCGGAAGCACAAAAAUAGGGCAGAAUCAGACAGUUUGGCAUCUGGGAGCUCGUCAGAACACAAUUCAUCGCUAAAGCGGAAUUACGGCAAUCGGAAGCCGAAACGGGCCGUCAAGGACAAGAAACGGAAGCAAAGGAGGACGAAAAAGGAUAAUUCAGGGUCUAAAAAUGUGGUAUUCAAUCCUUUAUCGAUCGAUAUUGCGCCCAUAGUUGGCCGAAACUGGCUCCAGGACAUGGGAUCAUCCUCUUUGGGGAAUCUGGAAGCUUUGAUGACACAGAAAGGGCCGGAUGCGUCUGAUGGAGUGAAAAGCAACAAUACGGUAGCAGAGGAAGGUGGAAACGAGAAUAAGCAGGAGGACAACGAAACAGGAAAUGCAGAAACGCCUAAUAUGGGCAGCAUUAUAUCCCAAAGCGGGACAAACACACAGAUAAACCAGAUGGAGACCAUACUGGGACCAAACUAUACCCAAUACGACACUCCGGGCGUACCCACUGGUUCUCUAUUCAGUGAAAACUACAGUAAUGGAUUCGGUGCGGGCCAGACAUUUUCAUCAUUUUCACCCCAGAUCAACCCCCAGGUGGAAAACCAGCCUCUUCCAUCGAAGCAAACAGAACUUCUGUCAUUAGAAGAACCGGAACUGAACUCCAUGGGGUCGUAUGACACGUAUGUGGGAGCAUUUUCGCCGGAAUUCACAAAAGCACUCGUUGAGCAUUUCCAGGAAGCAUCAAGUAAGAACCAGGAUGGGUUCCGGGGUGGGAUGAUGGGCGAAAGCUUCGGCUCAGCGGCUGCAGUGAACAGCCUAAAGGGUAUAUUCGAGCUUUCGGGAGAGGCCCGGAUAAGUGGUCGGGGAGAAAAUGAGAAAAAAGAGGCUGAAAAGACCGGGGACUCGAAGAUCGAGGCAGAGAAGAUGGACGUUAUUUCGACAAAGAACAGCGAGGCAAGUCCGCUGAGUUUGUUCAGCAGCAACCGGAUGAAUGAGACAUUUUCAACGAUAUACAUCAACCCAUCCAUAGUGAGAGGAACAACGCUGGCAUCGCUUUCACCAAUAGGGAAAAAGCUCUACGAGUACUACCGGGACAAGUUGAGCCUCAUUGCAUCAUCCGCUCCCAAGGAGGAGAAUAUGUACCACCACACAUUUUUGCCGAUGGCACACGUGGACCGGUGCGUUUUGUAUGGGAUUCUAGCAUGGAGUGCGUUCCACUUGGGUGGUGCAAGGAUGGAGAAGCAGGGCGCGUACUACAUCCAGAGAGCGAUUGAAGGAUUUUCGCAGAGGCCGAUCAUGGAAGCCGACACUUUGGAAUACUACAAGGACGUGGCAAGCGUGAUCGAUGUGAGUGAUCCGGACAUCACGGUGGAAAAAGCAGACAGCGAUCCGCAGUACGAAUUCCAGAGGGAGCAGAUUCUGUCGGCCCUUUCGAAAGACGACACGAUAAACAUGAGGCUGGCGGCAUUUCUAAUCUUGUGUGGUGUGGAAAUCUGCCGGGGAGACGUCACCCGGUGGUCGAAGUACUUGGAGUAUGGUGCAAGGUUGAUCAGGUACAAGGGAGGGCUCCAGAAGUUCAACAACAGCAAGGAUGAGCACUUUCUUGCCACCAACUACGCGUACCACGACAUAACGGCUGUCGCGGUGUCGAAGGUGCGGCCGUUACACUUUGAUUUGAAGGAGUAUGAGCAGAUGUGGACCGCAUCGAACACUCUGGAAUUUUUGGACCCCUUGCACAACAUCUCCUCUCCGAUAUACAACAUCUUGGCCGAGAUCAACAAGCUGGUUUCGACUUCGAGGAGGUUGUAUCGAAAAAUAAGCAAGGCCCGCAGUUUGGGAGACGAACCUGUCGAUGAAUCCGAUGAUGACGAGUUUUUGGCACAUGCAGCCGAGGAGUUGGCCGGGGCUGCCGACAGCUCUCCACACGUUUCAAGUGAGACUUCUUCGUCAAAUGUGUACUCGAGUGUGGGCUUGAGUCCGGAGAUGAUAAAGUUCAACAAGGAGAUUGCAGCCCAGAGGAAAAAACUCAGGCGGGACUCUGAGCAGAGCCUAAAGAACUGCCUAGGCUUGAAAGAGGGUCCAGAUGAUGCGGAAAAGACUGGGGAAGACGAUGCUGAAGAGGCCGAGGACGAUGAGCUGGACUCGGAGAUGACAAUCUACGAAAAAUACGAAAACAUCAUGUACCAGUGCCAGGACCUGGAGGCCAGACUCAACGAUGCCAAACCAAGGCAGCAUAUUCUCGCAAAGUUGAACGCGCACGACUUGGAGCUCCAGUUGACCGUUUUCGAGUGCUUCCAGCUCACUGCAAAGAUUCACUUGAGACAGUCUGUCUUGAGAAUGACUCCAUCAUCUUUGGAAAUCCAGUACUUGGAAAACCAGUUGAUCAAAUCCUUGGACGUGCUCUUGGGUACGGAUGUGGAGGCAGCAUUGUGCUUCCCCAUGUUUAUCGCGGGCAUGAAUGUGAUCUUCCCCCGGGAUAGGAAGGAGAUGAACCAGCGGUACAACGACUUCAUCAAGAGAUACCGCUGGAAAAACGUUCUCCGGUGCCAAAUCGUCAUGAAGCAACUUUGGAGAUUGAAUCCGCUCGGGGACAGAUUUGUGGAUUGGUACGAUUUGGUUGAGAGAUUGGGUUGGAAGUUGAGUUUUGCCUAG